CUCAUCUCUGCUUGCAGCCUCUCCCUUCCCGCUGAUCUCCCCUACAACAGCAGCCCUCGCCGUCUCGUCAGGACGCCGGGACAGCAGCCGAGAGCCGACCCCCCCUCGCCGUCUAUUCCGUCGGCGCGACGCGUAAGCAAGGCCCCGCCCACAUAGCAAAGCUGCGGGCCGCCUGACAAGCAUGUCGCGACCGGGCGGGUUAACGUUCUUCUCCGGUGGCACGAAAAACAUGAUUUUCCCCGCAGAAGAAGCUUCACCCUUGGCCACAAACUUCAACCUCACACAAGUCCUGCGCUCGGUGCGGCUGCUCAAGAUCGACGGCGUUAGCAUGAUGUCGGGCAUCGGCAGCGACUAUUGCUUCAAGUACAGAUGGAUUGUGGACGGGUAUGAGUGGGAGAUCCUUCUAUAUCCAAACCAUAGAUUAAAAUAGCCCGCGAAAUAGCCGCAAUAGCUGCGCUAUAGCUGUCCCGGAGCCUCGCCGCUACGCUAUGGCAGCUGCCGCGAAAUCCUCCACAUAUCCCUCUAAAUGGCUCAAAAAUCAGUAAAACCCUCCAGAAAUCAUCUCUCCGAUCAGAAAAGUUUCCGCUAUUUGCCGUUAUUGCCCGCUAUGGCCUCCGCUAUAGCUGCUUGGAGAGGCCGCCGUGAAAUCGUUUCUCCCGUGAUUUUAAUCUAUGAUCCAAACGUCGUGGACUCGAGGGGUUUGAGCACGUUCGUGGCGCUCCGUCUUAUCUUUCUCAGUGAACCACCAGCCAGCGCUGUGAGGACGACUCUUCGCGCUUGCUUGGUUGAUCAGAGAGGAGUGCCUAAGCCAUCCCAUGAAGUUUCUCAGAGAAUAACAUUCAAGAAGCCCCAAGAUAGCUCAGAGAGAAUUAAGCUAGAAGGAUUGGGAUAUGUCAAGGAUGACUCUUUUAGUGUGCAGUGCACCCUUGAUGUUCUCAAGGAAAUAGGAGAGGAAACGGCCCUUGAAGAACUGCAUCUGCCAUCGUCUGACUUGCACCUGCAAUUGGCUCAACUCCUUCAGAGCGAGACAGGAGCUGACGUCACAUUUCUCGUGUCCGGCGAAUCUUUUUCUGCGCACAAGCUCAUUGUCGCCGCAAGGUCCCCUGUCUUUAUGGCCGAGUUUUUUGGAGACAUGAAGGAGAAGUGCUCGCAAUGUGUGGAGAUCAAGGACAUGGAUGCUGAGGUGUUCAAGGCCCUGCUUCAGUUCAUCUACACAGACACCAUGCCAGAACUCAGACAGCGGGAGUGGGAUGCGGAGGACGAGGCAGAGUAUGAACAGCAGGAGGAGGCAGAUGCAAAGGCGGCGACUGUGAUGGCUCAGCAUCUGCUUGCUGCUGCUGACAGGUAUGGACUGGAUAGGCUCAAGCACAUAUGUGCCGGUAAGCUCUCUAGUAGCAUCAACGUGGACACGGCGGCAACAACUUUGGCUUUAGCCGAGCAGCACAAUUGCCCAGAGCUCAAGACAAGAUGUGUUCAGUUCAUUAUCAGAACUCCUGCCACUCUUGAUGCUGUGUUGGCGACGGAGGGGUAUAAGCACCUCGAGGCAAGCUGCCCUCUGGUGGUGAUCGACCUUCUCAAGGCUGCGCAUGGGAGAAAAAUUUGAAGUGUAUCUUGGCCAAGAUUUGAUGGUGCAUAGUAUUGUAUCUGCUUGCACUUUCCAGGCAUAUUUGUCUAGUUCUACUUUAUGCGGUUAUGUCCAUCGUUCAAUGACAUUAAGAAAUUGCUUAUGUACAUAUGCAUAUGUUGUUGCCAAAAAAUU